UCUAACUUUUUGCGCCACAUUCGUUCUUGAUCUACUGCGUUUAUAAAAAUUUAAUAAGCGAUAACUGCGUUGUUUUCAGUUGUGAAUUUCGGACCUUUGGAACGUCGGAAAAAUGUCCCAACCGAAAAAGACAAGAACCAAAUCAUCCCGAGCCGGUCUGGUAUUUCCGGUAGGGCGAAUUUGGUCAUCGAUCAAACGGGGAAAAUACGCCGACCGCGUCGGAGUCGGUGGCGGUGUCUACAUGGCUGCCGUGCUCGAGUACUUGACCGCCGAGUUGCUUGAACUGGCCGGAAUCGCUUGCAGGGAUAACAAUAGAAAUCGCAUUAUUCCUCGCCACAUUCAGUUGGCCGUUCGGAACGACGAUGAAUUGAAUAAGCUUCUGCGGAAUGUGAGCAUCUCCCAGGGCGGAGUACUCCCAAACAUUAUUGCCGAACUGCUGCCCAAGAACACCCGGACGAAGAAGAAGGGCCGCCCUAGCAAUGACAACGGUCCAAGCCAGGAGUACUGAUCCCGUCGAAUAGAAGUAUGAAGUUACGUUAUACCUUUGCAUUUUAUUUCCCUAUAGAAAGGCCAAAAUUGGUGGCUUGAGUUGCAUUGUCUUUGAGGAGAUUAUUGUUUUAUUUUAACUUUUGAGAUUAAAGCCAUAUACGGCUAGUUAGAUUUAAGGUCCGUUAAAUAAACAUUAAAUACAUAUCAACAAUUAAAAUAGGCUUUGA